CCCUCUGCCUGCCACACACUCCAGAGAAGGGGCUUGGGAGCCAAGUGCCCUUGGUGAAGACCUCGCUCGGGUUUGUUUCUGAUAAGGUCACCACUCUCCUGCCUCUUGAAAGGAAUGGAUUUCAGAAACUGUCUUUACAAGAUUGCUGAAAACCUGGAUAGCAGUGAACUGGCUGCCCUCAAGUUUCUGUGCUUGGACUACAUCCCACAGAAGAAGCAGGAGCCCAUCAAGGAUGCCCUGAUGCUAUUUCAGGUACUGCAGGAAAAGGGACUGUUGGAGGAAGACAAUCUGUCCUUCCUGAAGGAGCUGAUUUUCCUCAUCAAUCGGCUGGACCUGCUGAGCAACACCCUAAACAGCAGCAAGGAGGAGAUGGUGAGGGAGCUGCAGGUUCCAGACAAAGCCCAGGUUUCUGCCUACAGGGUCAUGCUCUUUAAGCUCUCAGAAGAAGUGACCAAGUCAGAAUUGAAAUCUUUUAAGUUUUUUUUGAAUGAAGAGAUUCCUAAAUGUAAGCUGUAUGAUGAUAACUCGAGCCUGCUUGAUAUUUUUGUGGAAAUGGAGAAGAGAGUCAUCCUGAGGGAAGAAAACUUGGAUGCCCUGAAAUCAAUCUGUGCCCAGGUCAACAAGAGCCUGCUGGAGAAGAUUGAGGCUUAUGAAAAAUCAAGCAGAGGGAGAAUGAGCCUUGAAGGAGGGGCAGAGUCGCCAGUUUCAGUUUUAGAUGGGGAGAGUUACUUCAGAAUGCAGGAAACGUGGGACUCCCAAAGAGAACAAGACAGCGACUCACAGGUAUCACACAGAAUUUACCAAAUGAAGAGCAAACCUCGGGGAUACUGUCUGAUCAUCAACAAUAAUGAUUUCAGUGAGGCGAGGAAGAACAUACCCAGAUUCCACAAAAUGAAGGACAGAAAAGGAACAAACUACGAUGAAGAGGCAUUGACUGAGACCUUUAAAGAGCUUCAUUUUGAGGUCAAGCCUUACAGAGACUGCACAGCCAAUAAAAUCCAUGAGGUUCUAAGAUUCUACCAAAGCAUGGACCACAAGGACAAGGACUGCUUCAUCUGCUGCAUCCUCUCCCAUGGAGACACGGGCAUCAUCUACGGCACUGAUGGGAAGGAAGCCCCCAUUUAUGAACUGACAUCUUAUUUCACUGGUUCAGAGUGCCCUUCCCUGGCUGGAAAACCCAAAAUCUUUUUUAUUCAGGCUUGCCAAGGGGAUAACUACCAGAAAGCUGUACUUGUUGAGACUGACUGGGAAGAGAUGGUCAGCUUCUUAGACGUGGACUCAUCUCAAAAGAGCUAUAUUCCAGAUGAGGCUGACUUUCUGUUGGGGAUGGCUACUGUGAAAAACUGUGUUUCCUACCGAGAUCCCACGCAGGGAACCUGGUACAUCCAGUCACUUUGCCAGAGCCUGAGGAAAAGAUGUCCUCAAGGCGACGAUAUUCUCAGCAUCCUGACUGGUGUGAACUAUGAUGUGAGCAAUAAGGAUGACAGAAAGAACAUGGGGAAGCAGAUGCCUCAGCCCAUCUUCACACUACGGAAGAAGCUGUUUUUCCCUCCUAAGUGAUGUGUGCUCUACAUGGUUGACAUUAUGUCAGUCUAUGCACUUUUGUUUGGGGGGAGGGGUGGGUUUUAAUUUAUUUUUUAUGAUUUCUUUUAUUUUGAGAUAUUAUAUCAUUUACCUCUUCCCUUUCCUCCCUGAAAA